CCCGCCGCCCCUGCAACACCCCGGCGAGCCCAGCUCAGCUCGGGUCCCGCUCCCCGGCCCCCCCCGCUUCCCCGGCCCCCGCUCCCCGGGCCCACCGUCUCGAUGUACUCGGACUUGUUGUAGAGCAUCUCGCUGAGCUCCAUGGCCGCCCCGCCCGGCCCCGCUUCCGCCGCGUCACCUCCGCCCGCGCUGCCGCCGCCCCGGUUGCCAUGGAGGAGCCGCGGGCAGCGGCGGCCCUGAGCGGUGCCGACAGGGAGAAGCUGCGGGAGAAGCUGGCGCUGCUGAGGCGGGAGUACAGCGAGACCGUCAUCCGGCUGCGGCGGGCGCGGCGAGCCGAGCGAGCCAGGAGCCACGGCCGGCGGGAGCGGAGCCCCCCAGGUCCCCAGUGCUCUGAUCCUGACUGUUCUAAAGAUAAUGCAUCUCCUAGUGCUGACAGAGGUGGACUCCCUCAGUUACAGACUAAAACCUGCUCUGAUGUUGACAUGGAGGAGGCAACAUCUGUCACAUUUAAACACAUUCCAGAGUUCUCCAAUGAUGAGGUUAACCUACAGGACAGCUCAUGGGCAGAAAGUGUUCAGGCCAGCCAGGAAAACCUGUGCUGUGGGAUAAUUAGGCCUGUCCUUGAGGAGAAAACAUCCCAAACCUCCAGAGGCAUGAUGAAGCUGAGGAGACAGACAAAGGCUCUGGAAUCAAGGGAAGGGAAAUCAGUGCAUGAUGGGCAUGUAAUCAGCACUGAUGAAACAGUGAAAAAUCAAACUGCCAGUGCAGAAGAGCUUCAGUCACCAGUGUUCAGGCACAGCACCCUCUCGCACACUGAGGAACAUCCUGAAAGGUCAUGCAGGCCAGCUCUUGUGAAGGGAGAAGAAAACAGUUUCACUCCUGAUGCUGCCUCAGGAGCUGUACAGGAGGUGUUCGAGGGCAGUGUCACUGCAGGAGAGCCUGAGCUGUCCCCACAUGUGGUCAGGGACAGCAGUGACAUCUGGCAGCUCAAGUGCCCAAGGGCUGUGACCACACCUGGCAGCCGUGAGCCAUGUUCACAGGAGGGAGACUCUCUUUUACUUGACACCAGAGGUGAUGGAGAAGAAGAAUGCCCCAGUGUAAUAAAACAACUGGACAGUGAGAGUUUGCAUGAAGAUCAGGGAGAAUUAUGUGGGCUCCUGGAUUUAGUGUCAGAAAAUGAAGUAUUGCCUGAGGACGGAAAUAACGCUGUAACCAAGGAGAGCAAAAGCCAUGAAGGAGAUAAAAGUGACGGCGAUACCUUAAAUCCCUGUCCUGCAGAUCGUGCUCUGGGCAGUGCUCGAGAACUGUUGGAGAAUCAACAGCUUGAAAGUCAGUCAAGACUUUUUCCUCCCGAGGAGGCGACGGCUCCCGAGGGCACGCUGAGCUCCUGCACAGUGGUGGAAGGGCUGCUCUUCCCUGUCGAGUACUACGUCAGGACAACUCGCCGCAUGUCCAACUGCCAGAGGAAGGUGGACCUGGAUGCUGUAAUCCUCAGCCAGCUGGGCAGGAGCAAGAAAGGUCAGCGGAGUAAGUGCAAGCAGAAAGAUGCAAACUCAGAUCAGCCCUCCCAGGAGAGAGCUAAGGCUGAUUCAGAGUCAGGGGUCAUGCCGUUCCCUUUUCUUGGGGCAGAAGAGGAUCCAGCAAACUCAAGUAGUUCUGAGAAAUCUCUUCCUGUGUCCAGCAGCAGCAGCACUUCACUUGGAUCCAUUUCUCAGAAAAGCAUCAUUAGCACAAGGCAAGAGCAGAGUCGAUCCCAGAGGAAACAGAAGGGAAGAAGAAGGUCUGCCUGCAAAGCCCCCGUGUGUCCAGCGUCAGAGGAGCUUAUAGAGAGUGUGGACCUCAUAAUGGCCAGAGAAAGCAGUGCUCUGCUGUCAAGUGAGAGCCAGAGUGAAAAGAAAAACUGUGAUGCUAACCUUGAAAAGUCAUCCUCAGAUGAGAGCAAGUUGUCUGGUGCUGCAGCGUUGGGGUCUGGAGAGACAGGAGUGACUGAAGCUGCACAGCCAGCGGGUCCUGAUCCUCCUCAGGGAGGGAGCCAAGUGCUGGGGAAAUGCCUGUUGGAGCAGGUUCAAAAUCCACUUCAGAGCAGCGAUGCCGUGAGCCCAGGGAAUGAAACUUUUGCCAGGCACGUGGGAGAUCUGGAAGCCAACUCGCCUGUGUGUCAGGCUGAUAAACAUCCAGUGGCGAGCGUGAAGAGCCGGCGAGGAGCCGGCGGGGCGGAGCCGCUCCCUGGGAUCAGCGUCCCCCUGCGCCGCUCCCUGCGCUGCUCUGCGAGACACAGCGCCCGGCAGGGCUCAGCAGAUGACAGCAGCAGAGGGCACAGCUGUCCCACGGGCUCAGAGGGUCCUGCUGCUCUGGGCCUCCCUGCCGCAGACCCCGACACUCGCUGCUCCCUCUUCUCCUUCCGCAGCCCCCAGUGGCUGGUCCCCAGGCUGGGCAUCAGGGACUUCCACCUACCAAACGAGGAAUUUGGAGUACUGAAACUGGAGAAAUUGAAAUCUUCCCCUGUGAAUGACUUGGAGGAUUUUGUUCCGAGUGUGUCCGGGGAUGGUGUGGCUCCACGGGACACACCAAGUGCACAAAUGAAUCCAGAAGAAAAAAGUCUCAGAAGUAACUUGAUUUCACCUUCCAAAACCAGAUUGCCCGAGCUCCCCUGUGUGGAAAGCCCGGCUUCCAAGAAGGACCUUUCCACCCAUGAGUUGCUGUUUACUCCCAUGGAGACUGUCUUAGCUGGGGCUCCCACCCAGUCUCAGAUUUCCUCGUCUGUUUUCCCUGCUGUGGGUGCAACCCCAGGUGUUUUACCUGCAGUGCACAGUGAGGUCUUACCAGGCACACCUUCUGUGCCCACCUCACAAGGGACCCUGCCUUCCUCCAGAGGAGCUGCCCAGGUCCUGGGGGAUGGGGCACACAAGGACCCUGCCAUGCCACUGCUCCCGGACAGCUGUGGUGCAGGGGCUGCCACAAAUGAGGAGGAACAAGGUACCAUGUUUGCUUUAGCAGAUGAAAGAGGUCCUGAGAAUAAAUCUGAUCAGGCUGUGGCCUUGGGUAAGCAUCAGCAGUCAGAGAGCAAAGAGCAAGGAUCCUGCAGAGCUUCUCCUGAACAGAAAAAUGAUGGAGCAGAACAGUUGACUCCAGUGCUGCCAGAUGGCCCCAAAGAAGAGAACUUGCAGCUUGUGUCGGAGCUAAAGGAUUCCUCAGGUUCCUGUGCCGUGGAUGUGAGCACAGUGUGGUGGGAAGCAGCUGGCUGCAGGGAGCUGCAUGUGGUCACUGCUUCCGAGAGCUCCGUGUCCCUGUGGGAACCUCUGGCACCCAACCACUGGGGAAAGGUCUGCACCUGGCAGCUGGGAGAGAUUCCUGUAAUCCAGAUCGUUCCUCUGCCAGACACUUGUAACCUCGUGUGUGUAGCACUGGGAGAGCUGGAGAUUGGAGAAAUAAGGACGUUGCUUUAUUCUUCUGAGACUGACUUGUUCAGGCACUCCCUAGUGAAAUCUGGGAAUAUAAAAGCAGUUGUUGGGCUAAAGGACCAGAGGCUAGUGAGCAGCAGCAGGACCCUGCAGGAGCAGCAAGUGGAGAUGGUGUGGCUCUCAGGGACAGGAGGGAGCAAGGACAGGCAGACCCUGAUGCCCCCUGAAGAAACUGUUACAGCCUUUGCUGAAGUAGAAGGGAUGAGAGAGGCCUUGGUGGGCACCACUGCUGCCAACAGCAUCGUGGUGUGGAAUCUGAAAACAGGCCAGCUCCUGAGGAAGAUGCACGUUGGUUAUUCCUACCCAGCUUCCAUCUGCCAUCGAGCGUAUUCUGACUCCGGCCUUCUGUUUGUUGUUUUAAGUCAUCCACAUGCCAAAGAGAGCGAGUCCUGUGGAAACCCAGCGUUCCGCGUGGUGGCCUUCAACCCCAGGACGGGCAGGAGCCGGGGGGUGAUGUUCUCCUCUCCCCCCCCCAGCCCUGCGGGGAGGUACCUGGAGGGCGACGUGUGGGACACGGCGGGAGCGGCCGUGCUGACGUCGGGCGCCGUGGCCGUGUGGGACCUGCUGCGGGGCCGGUGCACGGCGGUGCUGCCCCCGGGCCCCGCGGGGCGCUGGGCACUGGCACGCUGGGCCACAGCCGGGGCCGGGCUGCUGGCCGGGCAGCACGACGGCACCGUCCGCCUGUACCGGUACCGGCAGCCACAGCCGGGAGCUGCCUGACGGGGGGGCAGGAUCCCAUCACCGGUACCUCUGCUGCUGCUGGGGCCGGGUGUGCCGGGUGUGUGCGAUGCCAUUAAACGUUGUUGCCUUUGGAUGA